AUGAAAUUAAAGUUCCUGCUCUUCAACCCUGCUAACCCUCUGAUUGUUUCUGUAGGAAACCAAACCCAGGUGCUGCCCCAGUGCAACUCCUUGACUGACCCAGAAGGCCCUGCACCCUUAGAAGACAGUGCUGCUAACUGCUCAGACAGCAGACAGCUCCGCCUGGUGGACGCAGGCAGUCGCUGUGCCGGCAGGGUGGAGAUCCUUCACCAGGGCUCCUGGGGCACCAUCUGUGAUGACAGCUGGGACCUGAACGAUGCCCAGGUGGUGUGCAGACAGCUGGGCUGUGGGGAAGCCCUCAAUGCCACAGUCUCUGCUCACUUCGGGGAAGGAUCAGACCAGAUCUGGCUGGAUGACGUGAACUGCACAGGAAGGGAGUCCCACCUGUGGAAGUGCCCUUCCCGGGGCUGGGGACAGCACAAUUGCCGACACAAGGAGGACGCAGGGGUCAUCUGCUCAGAGUUCCUGGCCCUGAGGAUGGUGAACAAGGACCAGGAGUGUGCAGGGUGGCUGGAAGUUUUCUACAAUGGGACCUGGGGCAGUAUUUGCCACAGCCCCAUGGAAGCCAUGACCUUGUCCACGAUCUGCAGACACCUUGGCUGUGGGGACUGGGGGAUCCUUGACACUUCUGUUAAUUUUAGGGAAGGUUCUAGACCCCGAUGGGUGGAUGGAAUCCAGUGUCGGAACACUGAUAUGUCUCUCUGGCAGUGCCCUUCUGACCCUUGGAAAUACAGUUCAUGCAGUCCAAAGGAGGAAGCUUACAUCACGUGUGCAAGAAUGAGACCCAAGAGCUGUCCCACUGCUGCCCCCUGCACAGACAGAGACAAGCUCCAACUCAAGGAUGGAGACACUGAAUGCUCAGGACGAGUGGAGGUUUGGCACAGUGGCUCCUGGGGCACAGUGUGUGAUGACUCCUGGAGCCUGGCAGAGGCCGAGGUGGUGUGUCAGCAGCUGGGCUGUGGCUCUGCCCUGGAAGCCCUACAGGAGGCGACAUUUGGCCCAGGAAAAGGGCACAUCUGGCUGGAUGAGGUGCACUGCAGGGGCAGGGAGUCCUCCCUGUGGGCCUGUGCUGCACAGCCCUGGGGGCAGAGCGACUGCAAGCACGAAGAGGACGCUGGAGUGAGGUGCUCUGGUAAAAGAUCAACAUUGCCAACCACUACAGCAGGGACCAGAUCUGGCUCAAGUUCUGUCCCUGGCAUCUUCUCCCUGCCUGGGAUCCUUUGCCUCAUCCUGGGGGCCCUUCUCUUCAUGGUCCUCAUCAUCCUGGUGAUUCAGUUGCACAAACAGAGAGCAGGGGGCAAAGCCUUAUCCAGCUUUGAAGAUGCUCUUGACCAGGCUGUAUAUGAGGAGAUUGAUUAUCUUGUAACACCGAAGAAAGAGGAUUUUCUGAGCAGCCCAGAGCUCCUGUCAGAUGACUCAGUAACAAAACUGCCAUAUUACACCGAGGAUGAGCCCCCAGUACAACAUGUCAAUGCCAUAAGAAACAGUUAUGAUGAUGUUGAAGAGUUACCUGUUCCUGAAAUUCUUUCUUCCCCUGACAUGAGGGAGAAUUGUUUUUUCCCAAAAGAGGGAGGUGAUGUCUGCUGUUCUCAAAGAGGCAUCUCUCUCCAGUCUCCUAGUGAAGCUGUCAACACUAGCAUGGAAGAGAAAGGGUCCUGUUUGGUCCUGAGACAAGAAGACCUUGGGUAUGAUGAUGUUGAGCUUAGCACCAGGUAGCACCAUUCUUGG